GAAAUUGAAAUUCAAAAAUUUUUUAAAAAUGAAAAUAUUAUAACACUGUGCAAAAUGAAUUUAUGUUUUUUUCUGUUUUUAAUCUUUUUAUUAAAUUGUUAACAUAGCUAAUAAAAAGAAAUGAAUGAAAAUACAACUUUUAUUAAUAUUGAACAAACCUUAGCUCUAAUCAAGCCUGAUGCUAUUGAUCAUGCUGAAGAGAUUGAAGACAUAAUACUAAACAAUGGGUUUUUAGUUUUGCAGAAAAGAAGAGUUCAGUUGACACCGGAACAAUCAAGUGAUUUUUAUGCUGAGCAUUCUGGAAAAAUAUUUUUUCCAAGUCUUGUGGCAUUUAUGAGCAGUGGAGAAAGCAUUGCAUAUUUGUUAGCAAGAAACAAAGCAAUAGAGCAUUGGAGAAAAAUUAUUGGACCUACAAAUUCUGCAAAGGCUAGAGAUGAAGCACCUACUAGCAUUAGAGCACUUUAUGGUACUGACAACUAUAAAAAUGCUGUACAUGGUAGUGACAGUUUGAAGUCAGCAUUUAGAGAAAUACAGUUUUUCUUUUCAAAUGGAAUUAUUGAACCAAUUUUAUCAAAUGAUGAUGCUAAAGACUAUUUAAGAAAAUAUGUUAACCCCACCCUUCUUAAAGGCCUGAUACAGCUUUGUAAAAGAAAGCCGAUUGAACCUAUAAUUUGGUUAUCUGAUUGGUUAGCAAACAAUAACCCAUAUCGACCUCGUAUUGUUGAGCCUGAAAAUCCUAUUGUUCAAGAACCGAUAUAAGUUAGCAUUUUUCGUAUGUAUGUUGCAAAAAAAUAUGUUUUAAAAUUGUAAAAUCUGUUUCAUUUGAAUUUUUUGGUUUUGCA